AUGCAUAUUAAUGCCUCAGAUGCUUUGUGGAGCAGUCUUGCAACACACUAUAUUCCUGAAAAACAUUGGGAAGAGUUGCAAAGCAGACUGAAACAAGGAGAAGAUUUAGAACAAGUCCUCAAAGACCUUUCAUCCACAUCAAAAACGAUUGGUCCUGUGGAAGAAAAUUUUGAAAAGAUCCGAUCCCUUUUCUCAGCUCCUUCGCUCAGCGCCUUAAUGACGCGCUUAGAGCAAGAUUCUUCGGAUUUUGCAAAGGAAACUUUAAAACUGAAGCGCGCACAAAACAUUUCUUCUUUUAAAGAAAUCAUGGCGUUAGAGUUUCGUCUUUGCCAACGCUUCGCAGCAGACUAUGACUUCGCCGAAGGCGUUCGGGCUUUGCUCGUGGAUAAAGAUAAAAAUCCACAAUGGUCUCCAGCCUCUCUAAAGGAUUUAUCUGAAGAAGUCGUGGAGAGCUACUUCGCGCCGUUGAAUAGUCAAGCAGAGCUAUGGGAUCGAUAG